GGCACUCUCUUUCUAUCCCGUGCCACAUCUCUUCAACCCACACAUCAAAAAAGAAGAUCUCAGCAUGAUGUCUAGCGUUUGAGGAACUUUUGGUCUACUUAACAUUGUCAGCAUGCUCAUCCCCUCCAUGGCCCCCGUUAAUGACACAUACAAGAUGGACCAACUUGCGACCACCUCUAGCAGCCCCACGAGUUCUUGGCAGUCAGAGGCAAACCGCGGAGUCCAGAUUGCAGCUACCCUGCUUAUUUUCCUGGUGGGCAUACCUUUGAAUGUGCUGGUGGUUUGGGCACUAGGACAGGGUCGCCGGCGUCACGUACGCAGAGGCAGCGGCAGAGAGACGCGUGCCGCAAGCAGUUUUCGAAUCUACGUUCUCAACCUAGCUCUGGCCGACCUGGUGCUAGUCCUUCGGACCCCCCUCAUGUUGGGCUACCUAGCCCACAACAGCAGCUGGCCGUUCGGCUUUGCCAUGUGCCGCCUGGUCAUGUUUCUGCGAGGCCUGGGGUUGUACGCCUCAGCCUUCCUGGUUUGCGCCGUGGCCCUGGAACGUUGCCUGUGCCUCCUGAGGCCUGUAUGGGCUCGAUUGCGCCGUCCCGCCUGGGCUGUUCCUUUGGCCUGUGGCUUGUUAUGGUUACUAGCCACCAUUCUAUCUGCCCCCUACCUGCACAGCGCUGUUCUAAAGGAAAACAACAGCACGUUCCAAUGCUUGGACAGUGGAAAGUUUGACACAGGGCUGUUUGUCUCUGAGACUGUUGCAGGUUUCAUCUUGCCCCUACUGGUGUUUUUGGGAAGCAAUUUGGCAGUUUUAUUCACCAUUAAGCAUGCAGCGCCUUUGACGCCAACCUCUUCAUCCCCCUCAGCUUCCCGCAAGAUGACCAGGAUGUACCACGUUCUGUUUUUCACCAUGCUGCUCUUCCUCAUAGGCUGGGUGCCCUACUUUGUGUGUCGACUACUGCGGGCCCUUGCUGAAGGACUACCCGAAAGAGCUGCACUACAUAAAAGGGCGUCUUAUGGAACAUACAUCUCUCUGUACCUGGUCUACACCAAGAGCGCUCUUAACCCUGUGCUGUAUGUGUUCGCCGCCAGGGGCCUCGGCCGUGCAGUCCGAGCUUCGGUCACCUCCACCAUUGUACGACUCUUCAGCGAUGACACUGCUGAGUCCAUACGGAGCAAAUCACUCAAAAACUCACAGGUCUAGCCACCUUUUGUAUCUUUACAUUUAACACAAAAUCCUGGAAAAUCAGUCAUAACAAGGGAUUCCCUGCUGUGAAGACAGACAAGAUGAUGCUUGUAUCUGUAACAGAUUCCAUACAGUGGCUUAAAUCAGCAUCAUAUAGGGACAAAAAAUACGUGACUACAGUAAUGACUUGUUCAUUGAGGUGAAGUGGUUCCAGACCCGACCAUGAUAAGUGAACUUCCGCAAAGUAGGAUUCCUUCUUUAUAAAUGGAAUAUUUUCAUAGUUAGAGCAUGGAAAACCUGUUUACGACCUUCUAAAUAUGGGUUUUAACUAGGACUGGCAGUCGAUUAAAAUAGUUAAUUGCAAUUAAUCACAUGUUGUCCAUCCUUAACCCGUAGUUAAUCACAGAUAGAAAGACAUUUUUAUCUAUAGUAAGUGUAUCUUUGAAAGAUCAUUUUAAGGUUAUUAAUACACCUAUCAAAAUGAGACCAGAUAAUAUGUUUGCUUUAUGCAAUUUUUUGCUGAUUUUUGAAACAGCUCAACACAAAAUGGACCUCAAAAUAUACAGUAAUAAACAAACUAUGUACAACAGAAAGACAUUGGUAAGGUAAACUGUCCAUCACUCACACAUUCUCUUCAAGCAAAUAAUCUUGCCAAAUAUAAUUGUGACUAACAUUACAAAUAAAGGUUUGCAAAAACACCCAACAACUAAGUUGACACUGCAGGUCUUUCAACAGCCAACAUUCUGUCAUUUUGACAAACAGCCAUUCAAGCACAAACGCUAGUAAAUAAUAACGCUACUAAAUUCCCUCGCGAGCCUUUACUGCCAUCUCAUUGUCACAUUGACAUAGCCCCCCCAAACAGCUGUCCUCGGCUAUGCCUGCCGGUAUCUAGCAGCUCGUAAUCCAAAUUUUAGCUCACAGUUCAAAGCAAAAAAAAUCAGCCGACUUGCGUCUAAAAAACACUUAUUAUUUAGGACACCCGUAUGCCAAGGUAGCACUGUAUAAAUGACUAGAAAAAUACUUGCAGCGCUCCAGUACUUUCUGUCUUCUCUCAUUUCAGACAUUUCAUUUGAGACGCGACGUACUCCGUGACAACUCAACUCACAGCGAUAGUAGAUAGUCUUCUCGAGAGAUCUGCCAGGGCUCUGGCGCUAAACUUUUCAAAAUACUAUUCAAAAUAGUAUUCAGUACUAUUCAAAAUACCUUUGCCUUUAUCCAUUUCUGCUCAAUAUUUGUUCCCGCUGGUGCCUCCACAUCAACUGCCACACCUCUGCGUUUCCUCAAACUGCGGUGUGGGCCGAGGGUCAAACAGGGCAUGCACACGUUAAUCGUGCAUCAGAAAAAUAGUAACAAAUAAAACUUGUUAUUAAUGCGUUAACGUUGACAGCCCGAGUUUUAAUAUUAUCUAGACAUGAAAUAACAGCCAUACGGUCACCUUUACACUUGUAUUAAUCAAUAUAGUAGAUAUAGUAAGGGGAAAAAAAGCCACUUAAGAUUCUCAAGUGUGUUGCAGUAAAUGUGUUCCAAAAGUGUGUUCAGGAAGUGAUGUCAGGGGUUCCGAGUUGAGUUUUAGCUGGAUUACGGCCGCAACAGUAGCCCGUGUUUUUAUUAUGAUUAUUAUUGGAUCAACCUGCAAUAAA